AUGUUUGGUCAAACAUCGAAACCGGCAACCUCGUUUGGAGGCUUUGGGUCAAGUAAUACUAAUACGGGUGGUGGUUUAUUUGGAACGAAACCAGCAACGACUGGGACUACUUCAACGGGUGGUUUGUUUGGGCAAGCAAAUACACAAGGAGGCCAGCAAACACUGGGUACAACUGGAGGACUUUUCGGGAACAAGACAACAACCGGUUCUUCGAAUGGCGGGUUAUUUGGUCAGUCUCUGACUGGGAAUACUGGAACCACAGGAGGGGGCCUCUUUGGCCGAUCUCUGGCUGGAAAUACUGGGACUACAGGAGGAGGCCUUUUUGGUCUGGGUCUGAAUACACAAAAUGCGUCACAACUGCAAUCGGGAAGUUUAUUUGGACAACAGCAACAACAACCUUCAAAUACUGGUGGUGGCCUUUUUGGUCAAUCACAAGCAACCUCUGCAAGCGGCGGCGGCGGCGGUGGUGGUGGUGGUUUGUUUGGUGCCAAACCUAGUACUACUGGUGGUGGACUAUUUGGUUCAAAUACAAACACUGGAGGAUUAUUUGGUAGCAACAAUGCAAAUACAGGACAGCAGUCUGGAGGUGGUGGAUUGUUUGGUAGCAACAAUGCAAAUACAGGACAGCAGUCUGGAGGUGGUGGAUUAUUUGGUAGCAAUAAUGCAAAUACAGGACAGCAGUCUGGAGGUGGUGGAUUAUUUGGUAGCAAUAAUGCAAAUACAGGACAGCAGUCUGGAGGUGGUGGAUUAUUUGGUAGCAAUAAUGCAAAUACAGGACAGCAGUCUGGAGGUGGUGGAUUAUUUGGUAGCAAUAAUGCAAAUACAGGACAGCAGUCUGGAGGUGGUGGAUUAUUUGGUAGCAAUAAUGCAAAUACAGGACAGCAGUCUGGAGGUGGUGGAUUGUUUGGUAGCAAUAAUGCAAAUACAGGACAGCAGUCUGGAGGUGGUGGGUUAUUUGGAGGUGGCAGUAAUAAUACGGGCUUAUUUGGGUCUAACAAUUCUCAGGCAAGCGGAGGAUUGUUUGGAAGCAAACCUGCAACGACAGGUGGAUUAUUUGGGCAACAGCAGCAAGCACAACAACAGCAACAACAACAACAACAGCAGCAGCCACAACUCACUGCAAUGACGCGAGUAGGGGAUUUACCAGCAGAAAUCAAGAACGAAUUGCAGCAACUCGAUACAUAUAUAAACACCCAGCACUUGAUUGCCACGACCUUAAACUCAGAUAUGGCAAAGCACCAUGAGUUGAUAAAUACAAUCCCCAAGGAUGUUUCAUAUUUACAGAAUAAACUUCUUUCUACUAAGCAAGCUCUAAAACUAGAUACGAACCAAUUACAAAGUCUCAAGGAUAUGAAUAACGAAAUUACUGAAGACGUCAAUAACAUUAUGCAACUCAUUAUACAAUUAUGCACUCCAGGAACAAAAUUAUCGAGCUCUUAUCAGUUGAAUGAGUUUUUUAUAAAGAAGAUUAAAAACUAUUAUGAAACUGUUCAGUUAUACGAAGAGAUGAUCAAUGAUUUAGAAGUUGUAUUAAAUGGGUUGGAGAGAAAUUGUAACGAAGGAUUUGGUAAUUUGGCUAGUAUUUUACAAGUGAUUAAGACCCAAUAUGCCUUGUUUAUGGAACUUUGUGAAAACAUGGCUGUGUUGCAUAACGAAGUAAAGAGGCUAGAUAAGUGA